GUCUUGCGUUAAUUAACAACACAAAUGUAAUAACACCCCACUGAUUAUGAUAAAUGGCGGCGUGCGAGACGCCAUUGUUUUUGGCACGCCCACUCCUGUCGUCCUCGAGCUCUGUCCCGUGAUAGCGAGUGUAACGUUGCUAAACAGCUGAUAGCGUGUCCGUCUCUGUUUGUAAAAAGCCAUGGUAUUCAGCCAACGUUGGUGAAAAGAUAAACACGUCAUCUCCACAACUACUCAAGAUGUUGUCUCGUCUACUGAAGGAGCACCAGGCGAAGCAAAAUGAGCGGAAGGAGCAGCAGGAGAGACGCAGACGUGAAGCUAUUUCCGCCGCCACCUGUCUGACAGAAGCUCUGGUGGACCACCUCAAUGUCGGAGUUGCCCAGGCAUACGUAAACCAGCGUAAGCUCGAUCAUGAGGUGAAGACUCUCCAAGUGCAGGCUAGCCAGUUCUCCAAACAAACUGCUCAGUGGAUCAGUAUGGUGGAGGGUUUUAAUCAGGCCCUAAAGGAAAUUGGGGAUGUGGAGAACUGGGCCCGCAGUAUUGAGAUGGACAUGAGGACCAUUUCCACAGCUCUGGAGUACGUACACAAGGGACAACUGCAGUCUGCUUCCUCAUAAACCUCAUGGUGGGACGUUUACAGCUGAACCUAAACACACUGGAAUGAAACACUCGUAUCAGCGAAGAUGCAAGCAGCAAAGACUUCGCUCAGUGUAGUAAUGCUGAUGGUUGCUCUGUUCAGUGAAAUGCUGAAAGUUUUAAAUCUGUCUUGUGGCGACUCCAAUCAAUAACAUUCAGGCAAUCUGUCAUUGAACAAUGUGCUCUGUCAGUAUGGAUCUUUGAAGGUGUCACGUAUAAAAUCUAGGUUCACCUGCUUGUCACAAUUUUGUAGUUGCUAUAACACAAUUUCUGAAACUAAGGCCCAUUUUGUCAUAACUAAUCAUAUAACAACAGAAAACAUAAUUACUUUGAACAUCACUCUAUUUGAAAGCAAAACAAAUAAUAUUGCGACUACUUCCUUUAACUCUCUCUGAAAUUUGCCUCUGUUGUUGCGCAGACCAAAGAGCCAAUCUGAAUCCUAUUUAUAGUGUUCAAGAUCCAAUGUUUGGAAGGUUACAGAUGGAUUGUGGGUGCAGACGACUUGAUGAUAAAUGGUAUUUCAAUGGCAUUGUUUAGCAAACAACGUACACAGGCUUUUAGUUUUUGAAAGAUGUGUCUAAUGUAAUUUUAAACGUAGUGUUAAGCAGGCAAUGUGCUUAUGAUUUGGCAUACCUGGUCAAUAAAUUGGCUACAUGAGUCAGGGGUUCCAAUAAUAUGACACAAGUCUUUUUUGUCUUAGUAAUUAUGCUUCACAGGCCACAGAGACAUUGCUUCCUGCCUCCUUGUCUAUAGUAUCUCUUAAAAGUGUUUUAUAGGAAGGUUACUUUUCAGCACCUGAUACUUACAUUGUAUCUAUAUUUUAAUGUAUUAUAGUAUCUUAUGUCCAGGGAUUCACUGUUCUUUUCAGACAACUUCUCGUUCACUUUUGUUCCCAUUUAACAAUGGAACUCCUGUGAUUUAUAAAGGAAAAAAAAAAUAGCAUGAAGAACCUCUAAAGGUAAGUUUGAGCAGUUUGGAUCACAAUCUGUAUAAGUAGUGAUCAGGAAAAGAUGAACCGUGAACUAAAUAAGUACCAGUACUGAAAGAGUUCUCAUAAAGAUGUAUGUUUGAAUUAGGACUUUCAGACUUUAACACAUGUUUGAUACUUUAUAGCUGUGAAGGAUUUCUGGGUCAAGGAUUGGAGUUUCUUUGAUGGUUUAUUGGUGGCCUUUAUGAAAACAAGGUCAAAUGACAAAGAAGUAACGUUAGACAUUUAUUGUGUUAAAGUUUUGUAACAAAACUACUGGAAAACCCCUCAAUACAAUAACUGGAUACAUA